CACCUCCCCCCAGUCUAAGUCGUCUCAGACUAUAUUUCCCAGUCAGGGCUCCAAGCACAACCCAGCUGCCUGGAGAAAAUCCUGGACGAACGCAAUGGGAGUCUUCUCAGAAGUGAAGCUCAGGCCGCUAUUGCACAGAGCUGGAGAUGCCCAGCUUGCCUGCUCUUUCAUUGCUGCAGUGGCCUCUGCAAAGUAAAAAGUCUUCAUAGAGAGGCCAGAAGAGGAUGCCAGAUCCCCUGGAAUUGGAGUUACAGCCAUGUGGGUGAUAGGAAUUGAACCUAGGUCUUCUGGAAAUACAGCCAAUAUCUCUCCAGGGUCUUGCUAUGUAGUUCUAGUUGGCCUAGAACUCACUAGGUAGACCAACUUGGCUUCAAACUGAUGGAGAUCCACCACACCCAGCUAACUUUUAAGAGAUCUCCCUGUCAGCUCCCCAGCAUGACACUGCAGUGUCUCAUACUCCUGGCUGGCCUCUUGAUGGGAGGCAUGAGCAAGUCUACAGAAAGCAAGGCCCAGCAACCUGAGUGUUGCAUGGAUGUGGUAGACUUCAAUGCUACCUGCCCAGGCACAGGCCUGUGUGGCCCAGGUUGCUACAGGCUCUGGAAUGCAGAUGGGAGUGCUAGCUGUGUCCGGUGCUGGAAUGGGACCCUCCCCACAUACAAUGGCUCUGAGUGCAGAAUUCUCACUGGCCGGGGCAUGCAGUUUCCCAUGAACAGAAGCACAGGGACACCUGGACAGCCACAUUUUGGGGCUCCUCAUGUGGCAGCUUCCCUCUUCCUGGGGACACUCUUCAUCAGCACAGGCCUCAUCCUCUCUGUGGCUGGGUUCUUCUACCUCAAGCGCUCCAGUAAACUUCCUGAGGUUUUCUACAGGAAAGACAGAGCCCCUGUCCUGCAGCCUGGUGAAACAGCUGCGAUGGUCCCCCUGCCACAAUCUUCAGUGAGGAAGCCAAGAUACAUCAGACGUGAGCAGCACCCAGACAAGAAUAGGGAUCCUUCUGCCUUCUCCACAGUGGAGGCCCACAUCAGCAACGUCUGACCUGGAAGUCACCUGAUACUUUACAGCACAGCAUUGGAGACCCAAGGCUCCCUCCCAACACACAAAGGGCCUCGGGCUUAAGAUAGGCCAGAAUUGGCUCCCAGUGACAGAUAUAUACAAAUGCUAAGGGGAGCUAACCUCCAUGCCAUGAGAUCUUCUGUCCCACCCUUACUGUGUGGUUUAACAGGAGUAACCAUCUGUUUGUGAGAUCUGAGACUCAAGAGCAAGUCAUAUGGAGUCUGGGCCCCUCAGGAAUCACAGCAAAGUUCCAGCAUCUGUAACAGCUACAAUACAGUCCUGAUCCAAAUGGUCAAAACUUCUGGAGGCCACCCAGUGGAACCCAUGUUAGAAAGGACUCUUUCCAUCACCACCAAGCUAAGAAGAAUGAAACCAAGGCCUAGACAAUGGAGAAAACAACCUGGAAACUGGUACCAGAGAUAGGUUGCUCCAGUACUGGCCUGCUAAUUUAUCUGCUGACCUCCAAGGCAUAGAUUUCUGAAAGUUGCAGAAUUGAGUGUCCUGGGUUUCCUGAUUCCAGAGACCAGCAGAACCUAGUCUCCCAGGGACAGACUCCCAGCCAACUACCUUUCAGGCUGAGUACUCAAAGUAAAAUGUUUAACCAUAAGGCUUCCAUACCUGAA